AUGGUAACCCAAGCAGAGGCCGAAGAAAUCCUAGAGGAACUGUCCAAGAUCCCGACCAGAGUCACUAAGAGCGGCGGCACGAAUCUUGCGCACUACCUAGCCCUCAUACGAGCAAUAUACGGAGUACUAUCCAAAAAACGCCCAGAGCUACAGGGUUUUUUACUUUUCCAAGAUCCACAAAGUAUCGCGGCCGCACAAGAGAAAGAUGCACUCAAGCUCGAAACACUCGAAGAACUGAGGACUUUCCUAUUUAAAUCAGGACAGCUUGCGGAGGAUCUCAAGCCCAAAAGGGCGCCAUCAUCCCCACCCAAGAAGGAAAGCCAAGCCGAAAGGUGUGGCGACAUUCAUCGCAUGACUGACUCUGAAAAUAAGGAUUUUGAAAUAUUAGUUCAAAUUUUCAUGGAUAUUUCGAACCCUCCCUGGAGACCGCAACCUCCUCCUCGACCAGACCUUCGUACAAGAGCCGUUCGUCCUCCUCGAGCUUCUUCCUCCAAAAGUCCAAAAGAGGCUCGGAAAUCUAGUUCAUCCAAGGGUAAGGAAAAGGGCACAUCGGAUCAAGAACCGAGUCAAGGAACAGAAAGGGAAUAUAGUGGAGUUUGA